AUGGAUGUUGAAGAACUGAAGGAAGCUACUUUGGAGGAGAAACUGGAACUAGAUAUAUUACAUGAAGUGGAAGUCGGCUUUUUGGCGAACUUGGUUAGCUGGCCACUUUUAGUUAUCUACUUUGGGCUUACUUGCUGGAAAAUCAAUACGAUUGUCGCACCAUACCAGUUUAUAGACGAGAUAUUUCAUGUGCCGCAAACUAUCCAUUAUCUCCGUGGGCACUGGAGCUAUUGGGAUCCUAAAAUUACUACUCCACCAGGGCUUUACGUUUUUGGAUGGCUGAACUAUCACAUAAUGCGUGCGUUCACAUCUUGGACUACGCUUACAAUACUAAGACUCACCAACUUAAUCGGCGGUGUGAUAGUUUUGCCUUUAGUCGUCCUUCGACCACUAUUUUUGUUUAAUGCCAUUGGAUUUUGGCCCGUGUCGUUGAUGUGUUUCCCGCUUCUCGCGACCUACUACUACUUAUACUAUACCGAUGUUUGGUCAUCCAUCUUAAUUUUGGAGUCCUUGACCUUAGCUGUCACAUUACCUUUCGGAGAAAUUACCAGUAUUUGGUUGAGCGCAUUCUGUGCUCUGAUAAGCUGUUUUUUUAGGCAGACGAAUAUAAUUUGGAAUCUAUUUGUGAUGGUUGUUGUUGUAGAGAGAAGGGCGUUGAUUCAUAGAGAUUUUAAUACUGUGAAUCUUAACAAUUAUUUGAAGUUUGUCAUUCACGCUUUAGAAAACUUCAAACAGUUGGUUCUUCCGUACUGUAUCAAUUUUGCAUUGUUCACUUUCUUCGUCAUUUACAACAGGUCUUUAACAUUGGGAGAUAAGGAUAACCAUUCAGCGGGUAUGCACUUGGUUCAGAUAUUUUACUGCAUCAUGUUCAUCAUGUUUUUCAGCAUGCCAAUUUGGAUUUCAAAAAUGAGCAUUCGUUUUUAUCAAACGCGUAUUCAAGUCAAAAAAACCAGGACAAUAAUAGAACUUCUCGCAAUCAUUUUCGUGAUUAGAUUUUUUACAGUGACGCAUCCCUUUCUGUUAGCCGAUAACCGCCACUACACGUUCUAUCUCUUCAAGAAAAUCGUUGCCAGAAAUUUUUGGUUUAAAUACCUCUUAAUGCCUUGGGUUUACCACUUCUCCAUUUUCCAUUACAUCGAGGUGAUGAGAACGAAAGUCAUGCAGUUUCACCCUGUCCUCCCCAUAGAGAUUAAGACCCCCACAGAACUUCCAGUACAGCUUACACAUAUAUCUUGGACUGCACUGAUUAUUUGCACAUUUAUGACAGUGGUUCCGUCGCCCUUAUUCGAACCUAGAUAUUACAUCUUACCGUUCAUGUUUUGGAGAAUAUUUCUGACUCCUGUGGCAGACAACAUCUUAGAUGAAUCUAACGCCGGAGAAUACAAGUAUUGCAAAAGACUGAGUUUAGAAUUUGCAUGGUACUUGUUCAUAAAUGCCGUCACUCUUACAGUAUUUUCCUUUCGGACUUUCCGGUGGGAAGGUGAAGUACACCCACAAAGGAUAAUAUGGUAG